AGUAGUCUUCACCCUUAUUAAACGCCAUCUUCACCUCCCCUCUUUUCCUAUUCAAAUUUCAAACUCUUUCCCAGCUUCCUCUAACUAUCUUGUACAUUCAAGAUUUGCUUCAAAGUAAAAAGUGACAAAGCUCGAGACUAGUCUAGCGUUAAUGGAAGAGAAGAAAAGGGGUUGAUCAUCAAGAACAGAGAACAGUUUUAAUUAUCGAAAAAAAUGAGCACGGCUAGAUUCAUCAAGUGUGUCACUGUCGGCGAUGGAGCUGUUGGCAAGACUUGCAUGCUAAUCUCCUACACUAGCAAUACCUUCCCAACGGACUACGUGCCCACGGUGUUCGACAACUUUAGUGCUAAUGUGGUGGUGGAUGGCAGCACAGUUAACCUUGGACUAUGGGAUACUGCUGGGCAGGAGGAUUACAACAGGCUUAGGCCUUUGAGUUACAGGGGUGCAGAUGUGUUCUUGUUGGCCUUUUCUCUCGUCAGCAAAGCUAGCUAUGAAAAUAUUUCAAAAAAGUGGAUCCCUGAGCUGAGGCAUUAUGCUCCGACUGUGCCUAUCAUUCUUGUAGGAACAAAAAUGGAUUUACGAGAUGACAAGCAGUACUUGAUUGAUCAUCCUGGCACUACUCCAAUCUCAACAGCACAGGGGGAAGAACUGAAGAAGAUGAUCGGUGCUGCGGCUUACUUAGAGUGCAGCUCCAAGACUCAGCAGAAUGUGAAGACUGUGUUUGAUGCCGCAAUCAAGGUGGUUUUGCAACCUCCGAAACCCAAGAAGAAGCGGAGAAAGACAAGGCCAUGCGUGUUUCUGUAAAACCAAAUUUCAUCUUUUUAAGUUCCUCCAUAUAUGUAACAUCCACCAUUUCUCUUAGCAUUUUUUAUUUCUGUGUCUAUAUUGCCUGAUGGAUAAUUGAGGCAAUUUUGUCAAACUUUGCGAAUACGUGAGCUCUCUCUAUAGAGCUCUGUAAGGUAAUCUCUGAGUAGCAUUGCAA